AAGCUAUCAGACUCAGGUUGAAAAUCCUAUAAAUGAAAUAGUAGAACACUUGGAUAAUGUUUCAAAUAUGUUCAAUGAAUUUAAAUUAAUUAUUAAGCGAAUGAUCCAAGGUCCAGAUUCUCAAUUUCUUCAUGGAUCAUUACCCGAGAAUCAGAUAGAAGCUAGAAGAUGUGAAUUGGAACUUCCAUUAGACGAGCUA